ACUGUUUACUUCCGGCGUUCGUGAAGCUGGCGGCGGUGUCUUCACCUGCUGCGGGUCCUGUGCAUUCCGUCUUGGAAGAUGGCCCUGGAGACGGUGCCCAAGGACCUGCGGCACCUACGGGCUUGCUUGCUGUGUUCGUUGGUCAAGACUAUCGACCAGUUCGAAUACGACGGCUGUGACAAUUGUGAUGCGUACCUGCAGAUGAAGGGCAACCGGGAGAUGGUGUAUGACUGCACCAGCUCCUCCUUUGAUGGAAUCAUCGCCAUGAUGAGUCCCGAGGACAGCUGGGUCUCCAAGUGGCAGCGAGUCAGUAACUUUAAGCCAGGAGUGUAUGCGGUCUCAGUCACUGGUCGCCUGCCCCAAGGAAUCGUGCGGGAGCUGAAAAGUCGAGGAGUGGCCUACAAAUCCAGAGACACGGCUAUAAAGACCUAGCGAGAUUGGGGGUAGCCGGCACUCGGCCCUCCACCUCCCAUCUUCUGCAUCCUAUCUGUUGUGAAAGUAGAUGGACUGAACUCAGAAUACUCCCUGCUCUGCGGUGCCCCUGGAGAGCCACGCCCCUGGCCCUGGGCCUCUGCGGUGCUCAGACCUCUGUUGAGAGGGGUGGGGCUUCAUCGGCAGAGACUGAAUGGAGGGCAGGGUGGGCUGCCGGUUUGCCUUCCCGAGGCCUGGGGCUCUUGCCCAUAGCAGACCUGUUGCAGAUGCCAAUAAAGCCCUAGGACUUUG